AUGACUGCGUCGGAUUCAAACGACAUCAUACACCGUGCUUAAUUCACUAUGAAAGACUGACAGUCCGUACGAAAAAGUCUUUCCAAAUUCCCCACGGAUAUUACGAUAACACUUGAAUCACAUUCAGACCUCCGUCAUCCAUCUUUCCUUUCCUUUUGAGCUGCCUGGUGCAAAGCCCUCCUUGCAAAAUUGAUCAUAUUCAUGUUUGUUUAGUGAAGGAAGCAUGGCAGACAAAGUAGCAAUGACAUGGUGUGUAUUCAUAGCAGUCGUCUGUGUGCUAUUGAGCACAUACGCUCUAGGAGCAGUCCCAGACGGCCUGGUUUAUACAGAAAUGCAAAAGACAUUCGUCAGAGGAAGCCAAGGUGUUCUUACAUGUCGUUUCUACGGAAGACCUUGGGCAGUGUACUGGAGUAAAGGCAAAUUCGAUCCCUUGAAUCCAUACUCUUCGAUCGUAUGGAACGAUGGUGCAAUAUCGGGUCCCCGAUAUGACGAUGGAAGUUACGACAUCGAUGAUGAGUUUUCCUUGAUUCUCAAAAACGUCUCAGCUACAGAUGCAGGACGUGUAUUUUGCACAGUUUCUAACUAUGAAGGGCAUUUGAUCGAUAACUACACUGAUGUUUCAGUUACAAAUACUGCGCUUGAAACGAACCCACAUGCCACUCUUCAGAUGCGCGUAGCCCCGUAUGGCAUUCUGCAGUGUACCGUUCAUAUCAAAGCUAGAAGAGUCUCCUGGACAAAGAUAACUUCUUCUUCAGCAAACCAGAGUCUUGUCUUCGUAGAAAGCUGCCAAGAUUAUAUUGAAGUAAAUGGAACUGGUUACAACCAGGGCAAUUACAAUAUCACCCAAGAUUACUCCUUGGUCAUCGAGGAGGUUAGGGUUCACCAUGAAGGUCUAUAUGUUUGUGAGGUGACUGACUUUGACACAGGGAUAUCUUUCAAGGAUAAGACAUUCGUCACUGUGAUUGCCCAGCCCUUGGCCCCAUUUCCUACUAUCCAAGAAUGCGUUUACACUGGCAAGUACGGUUCAACAAACGAAUAUUGCACUCUCGUUGCUAAAUCAGAGAUGACUCUGACAUGUGAAGCUAAUGGCUACUACCCGGCUUUUCAUCUUUAUUUCCUUUAUGGAUCAAGACAAGUAGAACCAUUGGAAACCAACGAAUUUAAUAACAUCGACGGGACCAGAAACAAAACGGUCACAAUCGCUUCAGUGGGAACCAAAGAACUAUACACAUGCGUAGCAUCUAAUAUACCUGGGGGUUCUGAAGAUGAAUCCACAUCUGUCUUACUGCAUGUUGAACAUGAUGGUCGACCUGAUAAACAAAAUGGCGUAUUGACAAUAAUGAUGAUUUAUGCGAGAUCCUCUGCCACAAAACAGGUUGGCUAUAAGCCUGUUUCACCAGAAACCUCAGGUUUGGUCCCUGUGUUACAGGGGCAUUACAUAUACAAAGCUGAACUCGUGGAGAUGGCUUUUCAGUUGGUUAUUCAGGAUCUUCUACCUAUCGCUAAGCCAUUUGAUAUCUCUUUCACCAAACUGGUUUCCUAUAGACAGGAAUUCCAUCCAUCACACCUUGGGAUGGGUACUAUCAACUUGCUUACAAAACUUCUGGUAGAAAUCAAAGAAAAUACAUCUAGUAUUCUGAGCAUGCAAGGAGACAGGCGAGAUAUUUUCUGCAAGAAGCUGGGAAAACUCCAAUAUCGCAACGUCGCUACUCGCGGAAUGUGUGUGUACGAGAUGAGCUAUGGCGAAUUAUUCCGAAUCGCAGAUGCAAUGGAACAAGCCAGUGAAGAAGGGCAUACACUUAUUACAGGAGGUGAAUUUCAGAGUGAUAAAACAACACUGGCAUCAACGAAUGACCAGAGUGACGAAGUUUGCUGUCUUGUCACACCUUCAGCAUCCUCUCAUCUUGGAGACGCGGAAGAAAACGAAACCAUGAAAAUGAUGGAGACUGGCCUGACUGGUGAUUCGUUAGAAAUGCCAAAUAAGACGAUCAAACCAGCGAUUUUGCUGUCAGAAAAUUUGAUUACUCUUCAACGUAUUCUACAGCUAAAGGAUGAAGACAUGACCAGCGACGUUGAAAGCUCAAAUACUACUUUCACUCUGUUGAAGAUAUGGAAAGAGAAACCACGCCAAUCUGUCUUCAACUAUCGUGCAGCUUUAGCUUAUGAACUACGACAAAAUAAGAUGUCUAGACUCGCAGAUCAAGUACUUGAAGGCAAAUACAUCAAGGAAGAGACGAGCCAUGAAUUCAUUCAAAACGUUGUCGAGAGCCUGACCCGAGAUCAACUGAAGAACCUUGGGAACCUACUCAAGUUCAGUAAAGGGAACUGGCAUACGGAGACACCAUUGGAUGAUAUCACAAAACAGAUCUGUGACUGGGUGGCAGACUGGACAAAGAAGAUGAAAGGAGACUCAAAAACAUUCUUCAAGGGUUUAAAUAAAUUAAAAAACGAUGUUAUCGAUGUAACACGCUUUACCCCGGAGUCCAAGGAACACAGAGAUCUGAAUGAUAAACUUGUAGAUAAUGGUUUUCUUGCCCUAGCCCGUGAGGUUAUGAUCAUAGAGCAACAACUUGCUUGGAUGUGAAUACAAAGUGAUGGUUAUGUUGUAAUCACUUAUAUUGUACAAGGAUUGUCAUGUUAACAGAAGUUUGGAUAAAUUUUUCUGAAACCCAUCUGCCUAAUGAGAAGGCUGGAAAACAUAACAGGAAGUUUCAUAAUUUUUUUUCUUAGAGAAAAGAAAUUGAUCCCUAAGAUCUCAAAAUCCCUAUGUCUGUCAACUAAAGUUGCAGCAUUUCUAUUUCAC